AUGGGAGGCAGUAACAGCACACCAAAAUCAGAAUUAAUGAUGGAUCAUCAACCUUAUCCAGAUAUGAAUGUAAUAUUCAAAGGCAUUCCAAAAAUGAUACAGGUGGCUGAUGACAUGCAUCGGAUGACAGAAUACAUAAUGGAUUUACGGAAUAUGAUUUUCGCUUUAGUUUGUUUAUUAGUGGUUGGAAUGUUUUUAUUUUUAUUACUGAAAAUUGCGCGAGGUCGAAGCAGUGCAUCACGUCAAAAAUGUGAAUUAGGUCGUCGAAUUGAAAUAUUAGAAGACCGCGCAUUACCAAGGCAUACUCAUUAUGGUGCCUAUCAGAGUUAUUUAGACUCUUGGCAUGAUCCGAGAAAUCUUAAAACUUCUGGUGGUAAUGAUACGGUAAUCGAUAUUGAAAAAAUGCGAAUGAAUCAAUCGCAAGAUAUUUCGAGUCAUAAUGAAACUAAUACGACACCUAUUGAACCACCAAAUUUACUCAAUGGCCAUGCGCAUAAAGUUUGA